GAGAGAAAGAGAAAGAGUACGCCCCAAAUAUAUAAAGGGAGGUUACUCUAACUGUUAUAACAACAUUAAAACAUUUCGUUGCAACAUUAAACUAUCAGCUGGGGUUUUGCUAACUAUUUCUUUUCUCUGUCAAUCAUGUUUCACUUAUUAUCCCACACAAAACAUAUUAUUUUAUUUAACUCCCGAAAACUAUUACCAAAAUGCCGUCACCUACGGAGUUCUAUAUUAUCGAAAAACGGCCGGUUUCUAUCUACGCACGUAGAAUUAACUUCGGUCAAACACCCAGAAAUUUUGCGUGGUUCUUAUUCAAAAUUAAGUGAUAAAGACUUGGCUGUAUUUGAAAGUAUUUUGACCUCGUCAAGGUGUAUAACAGACUCUGCAGACUUGGAAUUUUGUAACACAGAUUGGAUGAAAAUAUACCGCGGUGCAUCAUGUUUGAUGUUGCUUCCGAAAACGACAUCAGAAGUUUCUGAAAUCUUAAGUUAUUGCAAUGAAAGAAAUCUUGCUGUUGUACCCCAAGGUGGCAACACAGGCUUGGUUGGAGGUAGCAUUCCUGUAUUUGAUGAAAUUGUGAUAUCAACCCGGCUUAUGAACAAUAUCAUUUCCCUUGAUAAAGUUUCUGGCAAAGGGCAAGGGUUUGAAAUGGUAUUAGCAGAUGGCAGAGUUCUAGACUGCAUGAACUCUUUGAAGAAAAACAACACUGGAUACGAUUUAAAACAGCUCUUCAUUGGUUCAGAAGGAACUUUGGGUAUAAUUACCAAAGUCUCCAUCUCUUGUCCACAGAAACCCAAUAAUGUUAAUGUUGCACUUUUAGGUUGCAACAGUUUUUCUGAUGUCCUCAAAAUAUUUACCAUUACAAAGCAAAAACUGGCUGAGAUUCUUUCAGCUUUUGAGUUUAUUGAUGCUGAAUCUAUGAAAGUAGUGACACAGAACUUAAAACUCUCUUCUCCCAUUGGUAAAUAUCCAUUUUAUGUAUUAAUCGAAACAUCAGGAUCUAAUGGCAACCAUGAUGAAGAGAAAAUUAAUGUCCUCUUGGAGGAUCUGAUGCAAACUGGCACUGUCACUGAUGGUACACUUGCUGGAGACAUGACGCAAAUGAAGAAUUUAUGGUGUCUUCGAGAAAGAAUUUCAGAGAGUCUGUUGAAGGAUGGAUAUUGCUACAAAUAUGAUUUAUCUCUGUGUUUGUCAAAGUUUUAUGAUUUAGUGGUUGAUGUCAGGAAACGGACUGCUCCGAUUCCUAAUACUCGGGUUGUAGGUUAUGGACAUGUUGGAGAUAGUAACCUCCAUUUAAAUUUAACAUCACCUGAAUAUAAUGAUGAGCUUCAGAAUUUAAUAGAACCAUAUGUUUUUGAUUAUGUUGCUGAACUUAAGGGUAGCAUUAGUGCCGAACAUGGCAUUGGACUUCACAAGGUCAAAUACUUACACCAUAGUCAGUCACAUCUUUCAGUUGAACUUAUGAAACAAAUGAAGAAAUUAUUGGAUCCAUGUGGUAUAUUAAACCCAUACAAAAUGUUUCCUUAACAAUGCUUUGUAAAAAUUGUUUGUACACACACACAUAUAUAUAUUCAGAUGUAUGGCUUGUUAACAUUGCAGACUAGCCAACAUUGUAAACAAUUGUACUAAAUAUCCAAGUCUUUUGGGGGUCACUAAAAUGGCUACAUUCUCACUUUAUGGUUGAGGGGUAAUGUAAAUCUAUUGCAUAAAUAAUGUAAAUUUUAAACUUCUAUCCCAUUGAUGUUAGUAUGGAACACUGACUAUGAAUCAAUGAGAAUCAAAUUAACAAAUUAUAGAAACUGGUAUGGACUUUGUCAUAAAUCAUUUUCAUGUGACACAAGCAAGGCCUUGUGAUUAAGAAGUUUGCAUUUGUUCUGGGUCCCAUUCUAUUGCAUGAAACUAAGGGUAAGUAGUCUUCUACUAUAGCCUCAAGUUGAAAUAAGUCUUGUGAAAUGAAGCAGGAUAGGCAGAAAGUAUGUGGCUGCCUACUCUAUGGACUAUACCUGUUUUUGGAUGCUAGACUUAGUCUAUUGGCCAGUUUAAUGCCAUAACCUGGAUCAAGGGUGCCUUUAGCUGAGCCUACUUUGUCACAAAUAUUUAGGUUAAGUUUUUUUGUUUGGGAAUAAGUUUCUCCCAUCCCUUUCCUUAGUUCAUCAUGGAACCAUACAAAAGUUUGUCCUUCCUACUGUAACCCAUAAACAAAAUAAACUGUAUUUUUUUAACUUCUUUUUUGUCUUUAUCCUUUUAGCAUUCAGAUUAAUUUAUCCAAUGUAAUGGUUACUUAUCCACAUUUCAAAAGUUUAAUCAUGUAGUAUCUUGUAGUCUCAAGAUUUUGAAAAUGUGAUUGUUUAUUUUUAGAAUGACAUUGUACGGUAGGUGUGAGAGGCCAAGUCUGGUUGGUUUGAACAUAAAACAGGAUGGCUUAAAUGCUAAAGGGUUAAAGACAUCCGUUUCAUCAGGCUUGGGACAACUGCUUUUAUAACCAUUUACAAAAUUUUGCUGUUUCUAUACCAAAAUGGAAAUUCUUUGAUUCUACUGAUGUUCCAUGAAAAUGAUAAAGAGUAAAAAUAAAUCUUUGAUGGUU